AUGUCAACCUUUUUCGGUCUCAAAGCCAGACCUUAUCCUUUGGAUCCUUCUCUUCCCGGAUCCACUGCAUGGGACACCUUGUCAGCGCCUUAUCCUGCAUAUCCAAAGUUUCACACUCUCUUUGGAAAGGUCGUUUCUCCAGCCGUAUUCGAAAAAAGCCUCAGUCCGUGGCUCCCGCUGGGGUUUUCACUCGUCUACUACAUAGUCGCUCACGCCGCCAAUGGCUUCGUCCAGAGGAAUGGCAACAGAGACUUCACUAAAGGCUCCGGUCUUCUGCCAACGCUGCUCCGCUUCUUGAUCCUUGUUCACAAUGCCGCACUUGCUGUGUACAGCGGUUGGACGUGGGCAAGGAUGUUUCCCCUUGUCGUUGAUUUCUUUCUUCAAGGCUGGAGCGCCGCCGGUUUUCAGGGUGUCAAAUUGGCGCUCUGCUCCAUGCCCACCAACUUCCCCCAGCUCGGCGUUUACGCCUACAUCUUCUACCUUAGCAAGUACUACGAAGUCGUUGACUCGGUCGUCCUGCUACUCAAAGGCAAACGAGUAUCAAAUCUGCAGUCCUAUCACCAUGCUGGAGCCAUCAUCUGCAUGUGGGUCGCCUACCGAUACCAGAGUCAGCCUGUCUGGGUCUUUUGCGUUUUCAACAGCUUUGUUCAUACCUGCAUGUACACAUACUACUUCUGCGCUGCCAUGCGAUGGCCCUUUCCACGCGCCGUCAAACGAAACCUCACCACAAUGCAGAUCGCUCAGAUCGCAUCCGGCACCUUCCUCACCAACCUCUACCUGCUCAUCUCGCUCAACCCUGCGGCGGUCGUCUCAGGGUGCAAGGCUAACCAGGUCUCAUCCUGGUACAAGCCCUUGGCUGGUAGUGAUCAGACUGUUCUAAGCCACGCCCUCGCUCGCACUGCUUCGUGCGACCCAACCACUUGCAUGCAGACCACUGGCGCAGAAAUCGCGCUCCAUGUCAACACCAUGUACAUGUUCCCGCUUCUCGCCCUUUUCUUCAAUUUCUUCGUGCGCUCCUACCUUCAAAAGACUCCUUCCACAAAUAAUGGAGGUGUCAAGAAGGUUGAUUCGUGA